GACAGUCUAUUUUAUUGAUACUGACUACAACUGCUGUGACAUCUAUAACUGCUUUAUCCAUGUCCGCCAUAAGCACAAAUGGGGUAAUAAAAGGAGAUGUAUUCUACAUGGCGUAUCGCUCAGUUGAAGGAGGAGUUGCAGAGGAGAGUGUAUAUCUAUAUCUUAUUUAUAUCUUCAUAAUCGUACUUGGAAAUCCAUUCUCAAAUUCUGUAAAUGAAUUAAUAAAUGAAUUUCAGGCGCAAAUAGGUUUACUCGUUAUCCUGCUGGUGGCAAUUCUCGAUUUUUUCAUUGGAAGCUUUAUAGGACCAAGAAGUGACGAAGCUAAAUCCAAAGGGUUUUUGGGAUACAAUGCAACAUUGGCGCGAAUCAAUUUUUUCCCUGACUACAGAUUUUCAGAAGGUGUCGAACACGGUUUUUUCAGUGUCUUUGCUAUAUUUUUUCCUGCGGCUACAGGUAUAUUGGCAGGUGCUAAUAUUUCUGGGGAUCUGAAGGAUCCACAAUUAUCUAUACCAAAAGGGACACUUCUGUCGAUUCUUAUAACUACCCUUUCGUACAUACUAAUGGCGAUAGUUCUAGGAUCUACAGUGUCAAGAGACGCUACUGGGGACGUGAGAGACUACAUUAACGCCAGCUGGCCAUAUUGCCCACCUAACGUUUGCCAUUUCGGUCUCCAUAACAACUUCCAGGUCGUUGAACUGGUGUCUUGGAUAGGACCAAUAAUCUACGCAGGUUGCUUCGCUGCAGCAUUAUCUUCAGCUUUAGCAUCAUUAGUAUCUGCUCCUAAAGUUUUCCAAGCCCUUUGCAAAGACAAGCUCUACCCGAAGAUCGAAUGGUUUGCGAAGGGAUAUGGAAACAACAACGAACCUUUGAGAGGUUAUGUUCUUACCUUCGUUAUUGCUACAGUCUUCAUUCUGAUUGGUGAACUGAAUCUGAUCGCGCCGUUAAUUUCCAACUUCUUCCUAGCAGCAUAUACGUUGAUCAACUUUUCAACGUUCCAUGCUUCUUUAGCAAAACCAGUAGGCUGGAGGCCGACUUUUAAGUACUACAAUAUGUGGUUGAGUCUGCUUGGAUCCAUAUUAUGCGUUUUGGUGAUGUUCUUGAUUUCUUGGUUGACCGCUUUAUUAACACUCGCAGUAGAAUUAGCUCUUUAUCUCAUAGUUUCAUAUAGAAAGCCAGAUGUAAAUUGGGGAUCUACCACUCAAGCACAAAUUUACAAGAAUGCCUUGCAGGCUGCUCACCAACUGAACGCAAUUGAAGAACACGUGAAAAAUUAUAGACCGCAGAUAUUAGUGUUAUCUGGAAUGCCUAGUGCUAGACCAGCAUUGGUAGAUUUUGCUCAUCUGCUAACAAAAAAUUUGUCGAUGUUGGUUUGUGGACAUAUAAAUACAAGUCACCUUCCUCAGAGAGAGAGAAACGUUCUAAACUAUAAAGCCAACAGCUGGUUGAAGGCCCAUAAACUGAAGGCUUUUUACGCUCAGGUUGAUGGAUUGAGCUUCGCAGAAGGCUGCAAAUCACUUCUGAAAGCUUGCGGAAUCGGUAAACUCAAACCUAACAUACUUCUCAUGGGAUACAAAGCAGAUUGGCAGACUUGCACGAGGGAUAAUCUCAAUCAGUACUUCGAAGUGUUACACACAGCAUUUGAUUUGCACAUGGCUGCGGGCAUCAUCAGAAUACAGAAAGGUUUCGACUGCAGUGUAGUUAUAGAAGAGGAAACGAGUAAUUUCAAGAAUAGCCCGAAAUACAUGACAAGGAAUAGGUCAUACAGCCAAAUGUCACAAGGUAGUAGCAAUAGUGGACGUUGUGAGAUAGACAGAGAUGCAGUGAGUGAAUUACCGAAUCCAGAAGAAUCAUUGAAAAAAUCCAAAUCUCUUGCCGAAUCUUUGGCAACAGGAUGUGAUGAUCUAGAAACAAAAGAAAUCAUGCCUUCAGAAGUAUUUUACUUUCAAAAGAAGCCAAGACGGAGUGGAACAAUCGAUGUAUGGUGGCUAUAUGAUGAUGGAGGUCUAACCUUGCUUCUUCCCUACAUAAUAAGCACAAGAAGCAACUGGAAUAAAUGCAAGCUCCGCGUUUUCGCUCUGGCCAAUAAAAGAGAUGAACUUGAACUGGAACACCGAAACAUGGCGAGUCUACUAGCGAAGUUUCGAAUAGAAUAUACAAAUUUGAAGGUUGUUCCAGACAUUACCACGAAGCCUAUGGAUAGUACCCAAGCUUUCUUUGAUUUACUCAUUGCUGAUUUUAGGAGUUACUCAGAAACGAGUACCGAAAAAGGACAAAUCUCGGACGCAGAACUACUAGCUGUGAAAGAUAAAACCAACAGACACCUUCGUUUAAGGGAACUACUGCUGGAGCACUCCAAUGAAGCUAAUUUGGUGGUCCUGACGUUACCAAUUCCAAGAAAAAAUAUAGUUUCCGCCCCACUAUAUCUUGCUUGGCUGGAGCUUUUAAGCAAAGACAUGCCUCCAAUUUUGCUGAUUAGAGGAAAUCAAACAUCAGUACUAACAUUCUAUUCAUAGGUUCAAUAUCAUCACUGGUUUUUUUAGAAAUAGGUCCGAGGAGUUUUUAUUUCUAAUCGCCACAAAAAAUUCGGAUGCAGUCUUCACUAGAAACUAGAAUGUGUAUCACAUUUCGAAAUUACGAACCUUUCAAGAAAAGCUUCAUUUAUGAAAUGUUAACAACAAUAUACCUCUUAAAGAUUUACCAAAUAACUAUCGUUAUUUAUAAAACAACACAGAAAAUAUUUCAAUAAAGAAAUUUAUAUAAAA